ACUGCGAGUGUGUGUACUGUUUAUGUAACCUAUUGCAUAAGAAAGACCAGCGUACAUAGUCAGAUCACUUGUUGUAUGGGCAUCGCAUAGAGCUAGUUCAUUUGAAUUUUAUUCUUUAAUAGAAAAAAUCAUUUUUCCUUGACUUUGAUGCAAAUAAAAUUUAUAAAUUAUUAUCAACUAAAGCCUAAUUAAAGCGUUUCUCAAAUUGAGCAUUUGAUAUUUAUGGAAAGAAUAUCUAGUGUUAAGUUUCACUAAAGGACUGUCGACAUUUGUUCAUUUUUAUUGUUCAUUUACAAUUUUUGCGAUACAAGCCAACCAGCAACAUGGCUGCCGUGAUGAAGCAUGAUAAAUUCUGUUGGGUCUGCACUGAUAGUGCGACAGCUUUGAAAUGUUUGAAUUGUGUUCGGUCCUUCCAUUCAAAGUGUAUCGGAAGACGACAGCAAAGUAUUGAUAAAGAAAAAAAUUGGCUGUGUCCAGUUUGCACCGAUUCGGAUGCUGCAAAGGGCAGUGAUGACAAAGCAUGUUUGGACACGUUGCCCACAAUGAUCAACUGCGCUAUCGAAGAUGAACGGUUCGCACCGUUAUCAGGCCCAUUGAAUGGUCCAAUGACGAAUUUCAUUGUAAAUCCGAUCGACCUAACGAUGAUUAAAGACAAGAUUCAGUCUUAUGACAGCUUCACUGCAUUCCUUGCUGAUGUCCAAUGGAUCGUCCACAAUUGCUGUAUCUCGUUUCCGGAUAAGCACGACAUGGUGAAUAAGGCCAAAGAAUUGGUAGAAUAUCUCGAAGACGAGAUAGAAACGGCAGAAAUGUGUGCCGAAUGCUAUAUGCAUGAUUUCAGCUUAGUUUGCACGAAACCACAUCUGAUCGUCUGGGCUAAAUGGGAGGAAUGUGACCAUUGGCCAGCAAAAGUUAUGUCCAUCGACGGACAAUUGGUGAACGUACGAUUCUUCGGCGAUCAUACCCAAGCAGAUGUGCCGGCAUCUAACUGCUUGUUGUACUCGGAAACAGACCCAUUAUUGGCACCAUCGCCCAGCUACCAAUCGGCAUUGAAUGAAGCCAAUCAGUACUUGGAAAACCUUCGUACAAAAUUUGGAUCGUACCAUCUCUCACCAGACAAAACUGUAUUCGAACCAACAAUGUUGCAACGUUAUCUCCAGCAAUUGAUUCCGGGAGCAUUCAACUCUCAAGAAGCUUCGAAUGAUUCAGAGCCAAGCACAGAUUGUAGCUCUGAUUCAAUUGUCAAUGCUACGGAAACAUAUCAAAUUCAUUAUGACCCUGACUCAUCGACGACUGCCGAAGGUGUGUGCAAGGAGUUGACAAUUGUAUUGCCCCGAUUGAAUCCAUCAACAUACUCUGGAGGUGCGUCAAAACGAAACGAUAAUGCAAAAAAUGAUCAUGAGCCGACCAAAAAACGGGCUCGAUUCGUGAAAAAUAAUGAUGGUGGUCGCAGCUCGAAUUGUGAUGCUGAAAACGAAACCUGGUAUAUGGCCGAAUGUCAAGCGAUAAUGACGGGACAUAUGAUCAAUUCCACAAAGGCUUUUCAUGACUAUUUGUCCAAGUUGAAUGCUGAAUUGGCCAGAACGAUGGCCGCCAAAUACGAUCAACACAUCAAGUCUUUGGAAGAACGCAAUCAACUGUUGGUUUGCGAUGGCGACGAUAAAAAGUUGAUCGAUCAGCUAAAGAAGAAAAUUCGUCAACUGGAAACUGAAGUCUCGAAUUUGAAAUCAGAAUACAGCAAAAUGAUCGAGAGCAAGGAGGAAGAAAAGAUGAAAGCGGUCGACGAAGCCAAGAAACAGUGCAAAUUGAAGUACACACGCCUCUUGGAAAAUGCCGAUUCCGAAUGACCACCCACAUGGAUUGCAAUCCAGUAACACAUGAAUUACUUUCAUUUUUGUACAAUUGAUGAUGAUUCAGAAUAGUACAACAUAAACUAACAGCCCAGUGUUCUCUACACGUUUUAGAUUAUAAGAAAAUUGAAUUAUGAAAUAGAUUUGUAAGAAAAACCUAGUGAAAUAUCGUUUUGCUUCAAUAAAGAAACGAUUUUUUGCCGAAGAAAA